UGACGUAAUAUCCGUUGCGUCAUAGCGAAGCAUGCGCCUUGUCAUUUUCAUUGGUCGGUCAUAGAUUAAAAUUACAAUAAUCUACCAAUAAUCGGGCCAUCGCUCAAGUCUCUUUCUGUGAUAAGUCUAUUUUACUGUGGUAGCGGACUGUCUGAUGUGCAUUUAAGUGAAACAAAUUAAACAUACAAGAUGAUUAUCAAAGAAUACCGCGUCACACUUCCCUUAACAGUUGAAGAGUACCAAGUUGCUCAACUGUACUGCGUGGCGGAGGUGUCCAAAAAUGAAACCGGCGGCGGUGAAGGAAUUGAGGUCAUAAAAAAUGAACCCUUCAAAGAUUAUCCUUUGCUCGGUGGCAAAUAUUCAUCGGGCCAGUACACAUACAAGAUAUACCACUUGGCGUCGAAGGUGCCGGCGUUCAUCAGGCUUCUGGCGCCGAAAGGCUCCCUUGAGGUCCAUGAAGAGGCGUGGAACGCUUACCCAUACUGCCGGACCGUGCUCACGAACCCUGGGUACAUGAAGGAGAACUUCGUCAUAUGCAUAGAGUCGCUGCACGUGCCCGACGCCGGUGACCAGUACAAUGUGCACGAGCUCCCGCCGGAAAAGCUAAAGAACCGCGAGGUGGUGCAGAUAGACAUCGCGAACGACCCGCUGCCGUCCGCGGACUACAAGCCCGAGACCGACCCGACCAAGUUCAAGUCCGCGAAGACCGGCCGCGGCCCGCUCGUCGGGCCCAACUGGAAGAACGAUGUCAAGCCGGUGAUGACUUGCUACAAACUCGUCACGGCCGAGUUCAAGUGGUUUGGACUGCAGAGCAAAGUAGAAAAUGUAAUUCAGAAGUCAGAGCGGCGGUUGUUCACCAUAUUCCAUCGGCAAGUGUUCUGCUCGAUGGACGACUGGUACGGCAUGACCAUGGCCGACAUCCGCGCCAUCGAGGACCGCACCAAGGAGGAGCUCGAGAAACUCCGGCGCGAGGGCGAGGUGCGUGGCAUGCGCGCCGACAACGAGUAAGCGCGAGCACCGAACGAACGCGAUCGAACGCGCGCGCCGCCACGUGCGUUCGGCGAGCGUGUCACCGCCGCCUCGGGCGCCGCUCUGUAAGCAACUUGACAUAACCAUAGCCCCAUACGUUGAUUAGAUCUAUUAUAUUAAUAUAUAGCCGACAAACUUGAGUUUGAAUUUGGAAUUCAAACGCACGCAGGUUUGACGCGUGACGUGUAAUAUAUUUUACGUCCCCCCUCCCCGCCCUACAUCUCUGAUUUGGUUUUGUAUAGAAGUUAAUUGGCUCAUUGUAAUUAUGUGUAUCUUCGAGGGGAACACGUCGGAUGCAGCCCGAUCUGACUGCUUCCCCACGUGAAGCAAUAAUGUCCUUACUUCCGCGCUCGGCAAAUAUUUCACGCUCAUGCAAUGCCCGAGCUUUGAGCGUUUGAGAUUGCGUUACGGUAGUGUUAUCGGGAAUAAUUGCGGUGUCGUCGACCGUGUACAUUAGCAGAACUAUGAAGUAUUAUUAUCAUUUAUGUAUGUCGAAUACAUGUUUGAUUAACUGGUUUGUUUCGGCGCGCAGUAUUCUCUAGCGAUAACACCACCAUGCGGCACAACUGCUGGCAGUUGUGACAUUACUUACAUAGCAUUUAAUAUAGAAUAUAUUUUUAUGUCGAGUCUGUCCAUUUCACUUCUUCUCGUCCAGUGUUUUAGUAUUCGAAAAUCUCGUUUGGAAACAUUGACGUGUAGCGUUAGUUAAUGUAAAUUCCGCUUGAACAUAACUGGGGACGUGUUUACCGAUCUCGGUUGACGCUUGGGCAUCGUUUACCAUUAGAGAAAUGGAGUUGCGGUUUAGAUAAUAUAAAAAAAAAGUAUAUAUAAUAAUAAUAACAAUUUAAGUGGAUGUAGUCAUUAAUCAACAGGUAGUGUUGCCGUUAUCUAUUUAUUAGUAAUGUAAUACAAUACAAGCUCUUGUGGAAAUCUAGCAACGACAUUGAAAUUAUAUCAGGUGGCAUUAUAGCUCGGUGUUUAACAUUACAAUUGUUUGAUAAUAUUAUAAAUAACGUGUUUAGUUGUGGCCGCGUGCUGCGGACCACGUUUGGCUGUUGUGUAUUUAUAUGAUUAAUAUAAAUGAAUAUAUCUGUAAGUGAGUUGCGCAUUGUCUUUCGGCAUGAUGUCUCGGUAAAUUUAUUGGUGCAAUAUAAGUUAAUGGCGUGCGUAUUCCGUUCGCACGUCUCGGUGUUUUGGUCUAACGAUGCGUCCGACGUAAACUGACCUAUGUGUCUUAUGUAUGGAAUUUCGUAUUUUAUCGUGUAAAAUAAAAUCAAUUUAUAAAACAGAUGAUUUAUAAAGCAGUUUGACAGUAUAGAGUUGUAAAUGUUGAAUGUUAUCGCACUUGGGUCAGUUUACGAGGCGCGCUACGUUCUACGGGUGUUGCAAGUAUAAUUGUUUCCUAACUAACUCUGCGGGUUGGUCGGCCGUCUCUUGGUGCUUUUAUGGGGGAUAUCGUUUAUAUAAUCCGAGGGUUUCGGUACGUUGCGCAACACCCGCGGUUAUAGCGUCUGCAUGUAUAUUUUUUUGUAAUUAAAAAUAAGUUUUGUUGUUUAACAAAUCAGUAUUUUAAUAUUUGUGUGACAUUCCAUGUACCGACGGUAACUAAAUAUGAAAAAAAUUGUUUCUAGUUUGAUUUGCUACUUAAUAUUAUUUCAUUAUAUUUAAUAGCUCUCUGUAAUGUGUCCGUUGUACGCGCGGUACGUUCCGUGCCGUAUUGCAUUGAUCAGUACAAUUUAUGUUAUCAAAUUAGUUUUUAUGUAAAAAAUUUGCAUUCUCAAAUCUUAUGUUUCUUUCUAUUUGCAAUAGUUGUGUAUUUAUUUGUCUCACCAUGCCUGUUGCGGGCUCCCGUAGAUGUCGAAAAUCACUCAAAUAUUCCUAACGUUCAUGUUUGAACUCUCUCCGGGAGCUCUCGAGAGGUGCCAAUUUUAUAACCGCUUAAUGAUGCACUUUUGUUUUUAAGUUUUUUUUACUUAUGUUGUAAUAAGUUUUACAUCAAAUACAGCGUGAUAUAUAUUUGCAGUAGUCUUUUUUUUUAGUAGAAAUUAGAUUUUUUUGCAACCCUCAUCAAUAAGGCUUGUUUUUUAUACAUUUUAGUUGCCAACUUAGUACCUCGCGUACUCAAAUAUAGUGGUAAUUUCAUAGCUAGCGCAAUUUUUCCGUAUAAAUGUCGUAAUGUCGGAAUUAAUCCGUAUUUAUUAUAACUAUGAAUCAACUUGACCAUCCAUAGAAUAUUCUACAGCAAAACUGUAAAUGUAGGCUUCUUUGCUUCGAUGUUAAUAGCUUAUUUGUUUCAGUUACCAAAUAAAAUUACAUACAAAUUUGCA